GUGUUGCGCAGAUUCGGUUUGAACCGAAAGCGGAGUGUGACCUUCCCGGGCGGCGGAGACCGGCAGGAGACCGAGCGAGCGGACCCAUGUCAGCACUCCCGUCCACAACCCUCGCCACAGAGAUGAACAACAACAACUUAGCUGGAGAUGAAAUCGGCGGAGAGAGAUGCGCAGCGGGCCGCCGGAGGACAGCAGAUAGCAGGGAACCAGCCCGCCGGGCUCCGCACUCACACUGGUGCACCAGUAAACUCCUUACAUUUGAGGAUCACGCCGACAACGACACGUUCUCGGAAGCUGUUUGUGGGUGGAUUGGAUUGGAGCACCACCCAGGAGACUUUGCGAAACUACUUUUCUCAGUAUGGAGAGGUUGUGGAUUGCGUCAUCAUGAAAGACAAAAGCACAAAUCAGUCCAGGGGCUUCGGCUUUGUGAAGUUUAAAGACCCCAACUGCGUACGGACUGUCCUGGACACCAAACCUCAUAACCUGGAUGGAAGAAAUAUCGACCCAAAGCCUUGUACGCCUAGAGGUAUGCAGCCCGAGAAGACUCGAGCAAAAGACGGCUGGAAAGGAGGCAAAAGUGACAGCAAUAAGUCUAAGAAGAUAUUUGUGGGUGGAAUUCCUCAUAAUUGCGGUGAAGCUGAACUCAGGGAUUAUUUCAACAGAUUUGGAGUGGUCACAGAGGUGGUAAUGAUCUAUGACGCAGAGAAACAGAGGCCUCGAGGUUUUGGAUUUAUUACUUUCGAGGCCGAACAAUCAGUGGACCAGGCUGUCAACAUGCAUUUUCACGACAUCAUGGGCAAAAAAGUUGAAGUGAAGAAGGCGGAGCCACGAGACAGCAAAGUUCCCACCCCUGGUCAGCUGGGAGCCAAUCAGUGGGGGCCCCGAGCCAUCUUAAGCGCAGCCAAUGGCUGGGCAGCACAACCGGCUCCGAGCUGGCAGCAGAGCUACGGGCCUCAGGGUGUUUGGGUUACUACAGGACAACCUAUUGCUGGGUAUGGACCUCCUUUAUCUGCUGGCCGUGGGGCACCCGCACAACCUCCUUCUCCAUUUAAUGCAUUUCUAGUUGCAGCGGCACCUACAGGGGGAUUUGGGGCACCUCAGGGAUACCCCCAACAGGCCUUUAGUGCACAACCUCAGUUUGGAUAUACCUUUGGAACUCCUCAAGGUGACCAGUUUGUAGCACAGGGAAUGCCUCCCCCUCCCUCCACGCCGGGCGCAGGGCCUUUAGGUUUUGCCCCGGCUACGACUCCCUCUCAGGACCUGAGCAAAGCCGCCCCAGCACAGCCAGACUUCUCCUACAGCCAGUAUGGCUUGGGUAACUAUCCUCAGGACCCUUCUGCCUACGGACCAACGCGUCCUUCUCACACUUAUGUACAGGAAGAGCAGGGAUAUAGCGCAGGUUAUGGGCAGGACCUGAGUGCUUUUGGUCAUAGCUUUGCAGACCCCAGCCAGCAAACUGCCUCAUACGCUGCAGCCCCGUCCGCACCGUCAGGAGCUCCAGCGGCAGCCGGCAGCUUCGGCCGAGGGCAGAACCAUAACGUCCAGGGCUUCCACCCCUACCGGCGCUGAGCUCCUCCCCACCCACCCAAUGCAAUACUCAUCGUCAGGGAUAUGGACGUUUUGAGCGCAAGCUGAGCUGGAUUUUUGGGAUUGUCUUUCUGAACAUUGCAGAGUAAAAUAAAAGGUUUUAUUGUGUGUAAAUUGUGAACAGGGGCUCUACUCCGAUAACAGGAGACCACAGUACUCUUCUAUAUUUUGUAGUCGGACUGAACUACUGAAGUAUUUAGCAAUAGUUUUGGACUGUCUGGUCAAACAUCAGCACAGAACAGACGUACCAGACGUCGGCGACAGGGUCUCCCAAUUAUUCAGCUUUAAUUAUAUUAGUGGGGAAAUGUUUUUAUUUUCAAUUUUGUGAAUUUUGUUUACUCUUUUACCGUUUUAUUUAAGUUGGAAAUAGAUUACAAAUGUGUAUUAUACACCUAAACUGUGCAAUUUUUUAAAGAAUUUUGUACUAAUAUAUGUGCGCUUUUCUUGUUUUUUUAUUUAAGAACGUAGACUUCCCUCAGGUGGCUGUUAGUGCACUUUUGCACUUAUGCAAAAAAGAAAAAAAACACACAAAAAUGAGAGUUUAUUUGAAAUAAAUGAUUUAAAGAAA